AUGGUGAUCAUCAUCAUUUUUCAUAUUCCAAGUUUAUUACCAAGUUAAUUUCGAUGACAUACAAAAGAUCAAGAAAAAUAAUUUGAUAAAAAAAAAGAUGUAGCUUCAAGUGUAAUGCCUCAUUUCUUUUCAAAGUUCAAAUAAAUCGAUGCUGAUUGAUGACAAUACAAAAAUCCAAUAAAAUAAAAAAACAUGAAUGAUCAUAUACCAAUCAUAAAUUGUAGGGAUCAAGAAGAACCGCCGCCGCCAUUAUUAUCAUCAAUUGUUGAUUAUCAUCGAUUGCCACAGGUAUGGCAAAGUAGAGCUUUAAAUUUUAAUAAAAAUAUUGUGAAAAAGAUAACAAAUGCUGAAAAAUGUUGUUUAAUUGAAAAACCAAAUUUUAAAAUGAAAUUUAAACAAGAUAUUGUUGAUAAUUUUUGUCACUCAACAGAAUCCACACGGUCGAUUACACCUAAUUCUUCAAGUUUAAUGUGUCUGUCAACUGAACAUCUAAUUAAACCGACAAGUGAUCGUCACCGUCAUCAUAAUUAUCACCAUCAUUAUAAUCAUUAUCAUAAUCAAAGAUUAUAUAAAUCAGCUAUGAAUUUUGAUCGACGAUUUAAUUAUUAUAAAACGUCAAAAAAUCAAAAUCCAUAUUUUAUUCGUUUUGACAAUCAUGGUCAACCAACAAAAUUUUCCAAACAUCAAAUGCCUCAUAAAUGGUUUUCUUCAAGAGAUAUACGAGAUUAUCAUCAAAUACCAUCAUCAUCAUCAUAUUCUUGGUUUCCAUCGGCAACAUAUUUCUAUCCAAACAACAUGAGAAUAAAUCGUACAAUAUUUCAACCUACAAAUAAUCAUGGUCUUCAUCAUCUUUAUUCUAGUCAAACAUUUUAUCCAGGAGCUUAUUUUCCAACAACAACAACAUCGACAAAAAUAUAUCCCACACAACCAAUACGAAUGUCAUAUAGCCAUCAUCCAUAUAAUACUACAGCUACUAAUCAACAACUGCCAAUUCAAUCAAAAUCAGAAUUCAACAACAACAAUAAUCGUAUUUUAAACAAUUAUUAUUAUCAUCAUCAUCAUCAACAAUAUCCAUAUAACAAUGGUCAAUGUAAACUUUUAUCAAAAGCAUCCAUAUCUUCAUCAUCAUCAACCAAUACUAAUGGCCAUAUAAUUGUUUUGGUGAUCAUACUUUCUGUAAUUGCAAUUGGUGUCGUUAUGGGCUUAAUACUUGCAAUAACAAUCAAUUAAAUUAUAAAUUAUAAAUUAUGAUUUGUAAUGAAUUUGUAAUGAAUAUUUAUUCAUUUCAAAGUUGAUCACAGUAAUACAAUCA